AUGUAUUAUAUCGAGCACCGAAGUGACGACGUGAGUUCCAUCAAAGCCGUGCAAAAAUCGCCUGCAGCCUCGCACAUUCCAGUCGCAGUCCAACGUUCCGUAUCGCCGCCAACAUCUGUCUCACCUACACCCUCAGCCACAAGUAGCAACGCAACAACGCCAACUAGUCGAAUCCCGAUCCGUUCCAUGAACGCGGAAAAACGUGCAAGAUUGAGUGGGGAAUUCGUUCCGGAAAUUGACGAAUCGAAAUUGAGUCCGUCGGAAAUAAGAGCCCUAAAAGCACGAAAACGCGCUGAAUGGCGAGCUGCUCGUCUCAAGUCCCUCGAACAAGAUACGCUCCAAGCACAAAUCAUCCUCAAGUCCAUCACCGACAAAGCGGAAGACCUCACGGACAACAGCAAGACCAUUCAAGAGUCGGUGGAAGUGCCGCCAGUUUUCCCGCGUAUCGCCGUCAAAUCACGUCCUGGCGCGCUAUUUGUGCGCGAAAAGGAAAAAGUUGUAGACGAAAAAGUGAUACAGCGCGAAAUAAAAGAGAUACCGGACCCGGUGACGGGCGAACGGCAGUUUGUUACAGUUGAGUACGUGGAAAAAGUGAUUGAAACUGAGGUUGAAACGUUCCGCGAAAAGAUUAUUUCGCUCGAAUUGCAAGAUCCAACAAAAUCACCGCCCGUCACGCCCUCUGACGACGAUUCCAUGAUCACAAUUCGCAACAACAAUGGCCGCGAAGUGCUUCAAUUGCGCCCAGAUGAGGAUCAAACGACGUUCGUUUUGCGCAAUAAAGCUGCUGCUGGAACUUUCGAUCUCAUGAAAACCAUCGACGAAGGUCGCUUGAACGAAUCUUGCACAGAUGAUCUGGUCGAACCGCCUCCAACCCCCGCGGAAAUUAAUUUGCAAGAACGCGUUGAAGCAGAUUUCUCUUCGUUCGACGAGCAUUUUGGAUUUGUGAACCCAAAUGCGACGAUGGAAGAUGACGAAGGCGCUUUCGAACUUUCGAUCAACGAUAAAAUGAAAAAAGUCCUGCGAGAGUUGAAGGAUAACGAACGUGUUCGUCUUAGCUGGUCUCGAAGCAUGGACGAUGAAGAAAUCGACGAAAUGGACAAUGGCAAUAUGGCGGCGUCGACAGGUGAGGAAGUUGUCGACUCCAUGGUUUCUUACGAGGAGAAAACGGGCAGCAAUGGAACUGUUUUUAUGGUUCGCGAACGUUUAAUUAACGAUUUUUACACGCACAACGACAGCGACUCGAUCAACCCGAUCCCGAGCUUGGAUCCAAAUUCAAACUUUGACGCCACUGACAACUUCGACGAUUGCCAAAUCCUUCAGAAUCCCAAUGCCGAACUUUUCCUCGAGAAGGAGAGACAAGAAUCGGCGAGGGAAAGACUUACGUUGGACCUCAAGGUAGCCAAUGAAGCUGCUGCAACUGAAGCAGAUUUGAAGACACCUGACACCGAUGACGUACAAACUCCAACAACGCCAACUUCCACGGGAGCAACAGCGCCCUCUGCCGGUGGGAAUCGCAAGAAGAAACGUAAGAAUAAGAACAAGAAAAAGUAAACACAAAUUUUAGGGACCGAAUUCUGCUAUUUUCUCAAUUAUUGU